AUGGCUUCUCCCUUCGAGAUCAAACCUCAACACAGUUCGACAGGGAUAGCAGCCAUCUACGAUAUCGUCUGGCUCGCGAAUUCUUUUCGAGAAAGAACUCGUGCCAACAAAUUCGCCGUCCGUGGCAAAGAAAGAGUACAAUACAGAGCAGAGUUGAGAUUUGAAGGCCGGGAGAGCGUCUACGGAUGUGACGAAAAGCUCUUCCAAAACUUCAAUAUCCUCUCCCUCCCACCAGCAUCAACAUUCCACCUCUCUCCUCUCCCCAUACCCUCACCCACACCUGCACCAUCACCAACAGAUUUCAUACCCCUCACAUCACCCAGCCCAUCCAAUCCAGGAACCCUCGACCUAACAUUCACCGCUCCCACUGCAGACUCCGACGGCUACCCCUUCCUCCAUUUCCAAUACCAAUUCUCAACAAAAAUGCUAGAUGACAGAGGAGAGAAGUUACAGAUGUGUGCAGUAGGAUGGGCGAAGAGAAGGGAAUAUGAUGAUGAGGUUCCGACGGGCAGGGAUACGUGUUUGAGUGAUGUGGAGAGGGAGAGCUUGGUGCGGAGGAGAGAGAUUGACAUGGUGGCGUUGGAGGGGAGGCUGUCGAGUGGGAUGAAUAGGAUGGAGGGGCUGGAGGAAGGUGAGGUUAUGGAAUAG